UAUCUUAUAUUUUUUAAUCUGCAAUUAUUCUUUGUAUAGACUGGAUAUUUGAUCUACAGGAGCUCAACCUCAGGCAAUAUUUGAUCACAGGGAGGAGCCAAAAAUUCAGAUCAAAUAAACAUUGGAGUAAGAAGAUAAGCUACAUGGCAGAGGGGGUAGUAUCCCCUCUUAUUGACAAGCUGAUUUCCUUGUUAAGCAAAGAAGCAACAAUGCUACAGGACAUCCAUGAAGAAGUAGCUGACAUCAAAGAUGAACUGGAGAGCAUUCAGUCCUUUCUCAAGGAUGCAGAUGCAAGGGCUGCAGCAGAGGAGGACAUCAGUGAGGGUGUCAAAACUUGGGUGAAACAAGUAAGAGAAGUAGCUUUCCGCAUAGAUGUUUUCAUGGACGAGUACUUGCUUCACGUGGCUCAACAUCAUCAUCCUCAUCCGCAUCAUGGAUUCAGUAGUUUCCUCCAAAAAUCUGCUCGCUUGAUUACCAUGUUAAUACCUCACCACGAAAUAGCUGUUAAAGUUCAAAAAAUCAAAGCAUUGCUCCAGAAAAUCAAGGAAAGAAGUGAAAAAUAUGGCUUCCAAUCCACUGGCCUAGGAUCAAGCAGUAGUGCUCGGAAUGUUAGGUGGCAUGACCCUCGAAAGGAUUCUCUUUAUCUUGAUGAUAGGGACGUUGUAGGAAUUGAAUCUCCUAGAGAUGAAUUGAUUGGCUGGUUGGUAGAAGGACUGUCUCAUCGUACAGUGGUUUCGGUGGUGGGAAUGGGGGGACUAGGCAAGACCACUCUUGUGAAGAAAGUCUAUGACCACCAAAUGGUGAGAGGAAACUUUGACUGCCAUGCUUGGAUUCCAGUGUCUCAAUCUUACAAUAUCGAGGAUCUACUUAGAAGCAUAAUAAAGCAAUUUUGUGAUUCUAGAAAGGAGCCUCCUCUAUUGGGAAUUGACGCAAUGGAAGAAGAGUUGUUGGUCAAUAAAUUGAGAGAGUACUUAUGGCAAAAGAGGUAUGUGGUUGUAUUUGAUGAUGUAUGGAAAAUUGACUUUUGGGAGGGUAUAAAACAUGCCUUACUCGAUAGUCAUAUGGGUGGUAGAAUUUUGAUCACAACACGUAAUAGGGAGGUUGCUAGUUUUUGUAAAAAAUCAUCACCUGUUCAUGUUUAUGAGUUGCAAGCACUACCUUUCAAUAAGGCAUGGGAGCUUUUCUGCAAGAGAGCUUUCCAAUUUGAUUUUGGAGGACAGUGUCCCCAAGCAUUGAAGAAUUUGUCUAUUGACAUUGUCAAGAAAUGUGAAGGAUUACCACUUGCAAUUGUUGCUAUUGGUGGCCUUUUGUCAACCAAAGACAAAACUGUCAUUGAAUGGCAAAACUUGCAUGAUAGCCUUGGCUUUGAGUUUGGAAGAAAUCCCCAUCUUGCAGGUGUCAACAAGAUUCUAUCUCUAAGUUAUGAAGACCUGCCUUACAACCUUAAAUCUUGCUUUUUAUACCUUGGUAUGUAUCCAGAGGGCUACCUUAUUAAUAGUGCAAGACUGAUUCGGCAAUGGAUAGCUGAAGGUUUUGUAAAAGAAACUGAGGGUAAAACACUAGAACAAGUUUCACAAGAAUACUUGAUAGAAUUAAUCCACAGAAACUUGGUUCAAGUAUCUAAGGCUGACUUUGAUGGAAAAGUUAGACAGUGUCGACUCCAUGAUCUCUUGCGUGAGAUCAUCCUCCAAAAGAUGAAGGAUUUGAGUUUUUGUUAUAAUUUCUCAAAACACGAGUCUAGCUUUGAAGGACUAACUCGACGCAUGUCAGUAAACAGAGUUCCAUAUGAUGUACUUAAGGGAUUUGAGGACACUCACAUUCAUUCUCUUUUAUUGUUCAAUCUUGAUGAAUUGCCGAAGUUCUAUAUGAAUACUUUUUGUGCUAAUUUCAAGCUUUUGAAAGUAAUGGAUUUUGAAGAUGCUCCACCGGACUGCAUUCCUGAAGAUGUGGGAAAUUUAUUUCACUUAAGAUAUUUAAGUUUGAGAAAUACCAAAGUAAAAAUGCUUCCAAAAUCCAUAGGAAAGUUGCAAAAUCUAGAGACUCUAGAUCUAAAGCAGUCACUAGUGUUUGAUAUACCAGUUGAGAUUAACAUGCUUCAUAAGUUGCGCCAUCUUAUAGCCUACCAUCGCAACAACCGAAUAGAUUUCAGUUUGGCUUGGGAAAAAGGGUAAAGAUACAAAAAGGGGUUGGGUGUUUAAAGAACUUGCAAAAGUUAUGUAUUGUGGAGUUGAAUCAUGGAGGGGUUGAUCUAAUUGAAGAGUUGGGAAAGUUGAGACAAUUGAGGCAGCUAGGCAUAAAAAAUGUAUCAAAGGAAACCAUGAUGGUUUUGUGUGCCUCUAUUGAAAAGAUGAACCACCUUCAAUCACUAUAUAUAGCCUCAAUAAGGGAAGAUGAGAUAAUUGAUUUACAAUUCAUUUCAUCUCCACCUCAAUGUCUCCAACGCCUCUACAUAAUAGGGCGUUUAGAGAAGUUACCAGAUUGGAUUCCAAAGCUUCAACAUCUAGCUAAAUUAACGAUUUGUUGGUCAAGGUUGAAUGAGGACCCAUUGGAAGUCAUUCAAAAUCUACCUAGCUUAUGGAAGCUCAUAAUCGCAUACCAAGCAUACAAUGGAGAGCAAUUGCACUUUAAGGUAGGAGGGUUUCCAAAACUCAAGGAGCUAUGCCUUGUCAGUUUAAAUGCAGUGCAUUCAUUGUUGAUAGAUGAAGAAGCAUUGCCUCUUCUUGAAGAUCUUCUCAUUGGGCUUAGUCCGCUACUAAAAGAGGUGCCUUUUGGAAUCCAACAUCUGAGAAACCUCAAAGUAUUGGGAAUUGUGAACUUGCCUAAAGAAUUAGAAGAAAGUUCGGAUCCUAAACAAGGGUCACAUUACUGGAUUGUUGAGCAUGUUCCAGGCAUUUAUCUCCACCACAAGGUGCGCACAGGAAUUUAUGGCUAUGACACCCACAUUCUCCGUUCCUAGCAUUUGAUGCUGUCAAGAGUGCAAACAACCAACUAGAAUGAUGGUCAUAACGAGAAUGACAGCAACAGUAUCAAUGUUUUAGUUGAGAAAGCACUUUCACUUUCAAGAAGAUGGCUCCAAAGGCCAUAUAGGAAAUCAGGAAGUUUGCCCAAAAGGCCAUGGGAACAACUGAUGUCAGAGUGGAUGUUAAUUGUCAAGCUUAACAAGCAUGUCUGGAGAGUUCGUGUCCGCAUUGUGCGUAACAGAAAUGAUGAAGAAGAUGCAAAGGAGGAGUUUUUCUACACUAGUCACUGUUGCAGAGAUCCCUCCAAAGGGCCUAAAGGGGUUGGGCACCAUUGUAUUUAUGUUACAGCGUUCUUAUUUCUACAAAAUUUGGGUUACUGUUGUUUCUUAAUACCUCAAGGAGCUUCCUAUAAAUUUCUCUUUAGAAUUUUAUGAAU